UUGACAUUGACAAUUUUAAAACAGUAGAAAAUGUUUUGGUCCUUGAAAAAUUGAUAAAAUAAUUAAAGUAUAAUGGACAACAAACCUAAUCUAAGUCAAUACUUCGGUGCUUCAGAAGUUCCACCAGCUUCACAGUUUUUCGAUGAGAUCGGGACUUCACCGUCCGAAAUGAUACAGAGUGUUUAUUUAGGUGAUAAUGAAGCAUCGACUGGUAUUCUCGGGCAAAAUAUGAGUGCUUCAUACAGUCAGCAUAAACUCACGCAGGAGGUUCCUUCUACGAAUCUCCUCCCGACUGUGAGUGGUUCUACUGCUAUCCCAGUUACGAGUCUACCUGAUCCUUCCACAUUCUUUGAUACUAUAGGGCCUGAACCGCAAAUUGGACCUGUUAAAAGUAAUCCUGUAUCGACAGCUAUAAUAACAGAAGCGUUGGAUGGAUUGAGUAUAAAGAAUCAACCAGUGGACAAAGAAGCAGACAGAAGAAGAGAUGCCUGGAUACCCAAUGAAGAAGCUAAAAAAACUUUAUUAAAGGUUUGUAUUUAA